CUGCGGGCGGUGUCCGGACGCAGGUGCGGGACGGAGCGGAGCCAGCGGCGCCCACCCGACCGGCCGGGCCGGGACCGGGGCCGGGGUGAGCAGUGGGGCCUGCGCGGCCGCCCGGCCCGGCCGCAGAUCAGGCCCCCCGGAACCAUGGGCCUGGGGCCCUAGGGUGCAGGGCUCCCAGUGCCAUGACGACGGGCGACUGCUGUCACCUCCCCGGCUCGCUGUGUGAUUGCAACGGCGGCCUUGCUUUCUCCAAGGUCGUGGAGGCCUCGGGGCUCGGACCCCCCCAGUAUGUGGCGCAGGUGACCUCCUGCGACGGCCGACUUCUUUCCACCGUCAUCCGCGCCUUGGACACACCAAGCGAUGGCCCGUUCUGCCGCAUCUGCCAUGAGGGAGCAAGUGGAGAGACCUUACUGUCCCCCUGUGGCUGUACGGGGACACUGGGGGCUGUGCACAGGAGCUGCCUGGAGCGGUGGCUGUCCUCGUCUGACACCAACUACUGUGAGCUGUGCCACACGGAGUUUGCCGUGGAGAAGCGACCGCAGCCCCUCCGAGAGUGGCUGAAGGACCCUGGGCCCCGCUCGGAGAAGCGGACACUCUGCUGCGACAUGGUCUGCUUUCUGUUCAUCACACCGCUGGCUGCCGUCUCGGGCUGGCUGUGUCUCCGGGGUGCACAGGACCACCUCCGUCUACACAGCAGGCUGGAGGCUGUGGGGCUCAUCGCCCUCACCAUCGCCCUCUUCACCAUCUACGUCCUUUGGACGCUGGUCUCCUUCCGCUACCAUUGCCAGCUCUACUCGGAGUGGCAAAGAACCCACCAGAAGGUGCACCUGAAAAUGGGGGACGCUGCGGGCCCCGAGGGCACUCCCCUCUCCCCGCUGACCGCUGGACUCCUGAAGAAGGUGGCGGAGGAGACACCGGUGUGAGGAUCCCUAGGACACCUCACACCUUCCCUUCCUGCACAGCGAGCGCAUCAUUGAAGGUGGCCCCUCGGCGGCCCAGGCUCAAGGCUCUUUGGCAUCUGAUGCACAGACACGGGUGGUCCCGGUCCAUCGUUUCGGGGAGCCGCGCCCCAACCUGGGCACAAGCCAUCUCAGCUGCAGCUCUUCUCCAGGGCCCAUCCUAGGAGGCAGAGCCUCAGGGGCCUCCACCUCCAGCAGCUACCCCACUCCCACCCACCCCUCACCCGGGCAGGGCCCGGCGUUUCUUGCAAGCUGCACUCUGCUGCACUCUGGCUGCACCCGGCAGGCUCGCUUGCCUCAGCACGGUCCACUUUAUCCAAUUUUGCACCGCGACUCACAGACCCGGCUCCCCAUCCCAGCCCCUCAGAAGACCCCGAUAUAGCCCUGGCGGGGUUGCAUGCCAAGCAAGCGCCCCCCCCCCAGCCCCC